AUGCUGUGGAUUCAGAGGAAGAGGAGAAGGAAGACCACUGCUGAGUCUGUAGAAGAUGACUCUGAGGCACCAGAAUCCCACAAAGCAAAGAAAGAGGACUGGAUCAAAUCUCACUUUAGCUGUCUUUCUGAUGAGAAGCUGGAUGCCAGCAGCCAUGCCGCCACCACAACUCCCCAGCCGGAGAGUGGGAGUGGGGAGGCAAGCACCAGGAUCCACGUGGAAACCUUCACCACUAGGCAUGGAGAGGGAGGCACUGCUCUCCGGCGGGAAUCCUUCACCAGCAAGCAGCGGACAUCAGGGUCCUCCGUGAUCAAAGAGACCCACAAGGAGUCCAGGAAAUCCUCAUCCACGGAUGAGGCCACCUGGGCUGCAGUGGCUGCCUGCACCAAGGAGAUUGACUGCAAGGGGCGGCACCUGGCAAACUCCAUGCUCCAGCGAGCCACAGCUUGUCAGCUCUCAGGCCACCUGGAAUCGAAAGACAUCAACCAGGAGGAGCUGAAGGCCCUGGAGGAGGUGGAGAUGAAGCUGAAAGGGAGUUUCCUUAUCCAGCAGGAGAACACCAUAGCUGGCAUGAACCACACUCACACCUUCCAGGGCCACGGUCACUACAGCCACCAGAGCCACCAGGCUCAUCCAGGUCACCAGAGCCAUCAGGCUCAUCCAAGCCAUCAGGCUCAUCCAGGUCACCAGAGCCAUCAGGCUCAUCCAGCUCACCAGAGCCAUCAGAUUUAUCCAAGUCACCAGAGCCACCAGAGUCAUCCAGGUCACCAGAGCCACCAGAGCCACAGCAUGCCCAACCGCAGCCACCAGAUCUAUGACUCCUUUGAAGCUACCUAA